UGGGAGAUGAGGGUGAACAUCCUGCGGUGUGGGAAUGCAAUGGCAAAGCUUCCGAGGUGUGGGACAAAGACAGAGGACAUCUCCCGGUGUGGGAUGAGGAUGGUGGAUGUCCCCUAGUGUGGGACCAGAAUGGCCAAGCUCCCAAAGCAUGGGACAAGGACAACGGACAUCUCCCCAUGUGGGAGGAGGAGAGAGGACAUCUCCCGGUGUGGUAUGAGGAUGGAGGACAACCUGUGGCUUGAGGAGACAGAACAUCUCCCAGCAUGGGAAGUGGACAGUGAACCUCCCCUGGCUUGGAAAGAUGAUGGAGAACCUGCAGCGUUUUGGGAAGAGGAUGGAGAAGCUGCAGAAUUUUGGGAAGAGGAUGGAGAACCUCACUCUGCUUGGGAAGAGGACACCGAACCUCCCUCCGCUGUGGGAUCCUGGGCUGAGCAUUGUGACAGCAGCACAGCCCUGCAGCCAGAGGGGAGAGGGGAGUGGUGCCUGAUGCAGCUGAGGAACACCGUGAGCGAGGCGGAGCCUGCCGAGAAAUACCUGGAGCUGGAGCAGAUUGGCCAAGGGGCUUUCGGAACCGUUUACAAAGGACUGGACAGGGCCACUGGAGGAGAGGUGGCCAUAAAGAAAAUGAGUCUCAGAGGGCAGAACAAGGAUCGAGCUGUGAAUGAGACCCUGCUCCUAAAGGACAAGAAGAACCCCAACAUUAUCAACUCUUUGGACAGCUUCCUUGUUGAUGGAGAUCUCUGGCUGGUGAUGGAAUACAUGGAUGGAGGAACUUUGCAGGACGUUGUCAGACAGACACGCAUGGCUGAAGGAGAGAUGGCAGCUGUCAGUCGGGAGUGUCUGCAGGGCCUGGAUUUCCUCCAUUCCAAGCAUGUGAUCCACAGGGAUCUGAAGAGCUCCAACAUCCUCCUGGGAAUGGACGGCUCUGUCAGGCUGGCUGAUUUUGGCCUCUGCGCUCAGCUCAGCCCUGAGCGGGACCGGCGCAGCUCCAUGGUGGGCACUGCUCACUGGAUGGCCCCAGAAGUUGUGACCAGAUCUCCUUAUGGCCCCAAGGUGGACAUCUGGGCCUUUGGCAUUGUGACCGUCGAGAUGGUGGAAGGAGAACCUCCUUACUUCAGGGAAACGGGGGCCAUGGCUCGCGCUCUGAUCCGGCAGAACGGGACCCCGCAGCUGCAGGAGCCCCGGCGCCUGUCGGCUCUGCUGCGGGACUUCCUCGAGUGCAGCCUGGAGCCGGACGAGGAGCGGCGCUGGGCUGAGGAGCUGCUGCAGCACCCGUUUCUGUCAUCAGCCAAGCCUCUCUCCAGCCUGACCCCUCUGAUCACUGCAGCGAAGCAACUGAGGGAGCAGCGGAGGAGGUGAAGCUCUUGAGGACAGCCUUUAAUUACAGUAGUUAGGAGAACUAGUUAGUUAUGGUAGUUAGCACUGCUAGUUGGUUAUGGUAGUUAGCAUUGCUAGUUAUUUAUGGUAGUUUGCACAGUCUGUUAUGGUAGUUAGCACAGCCUGUUUGUUAUGGUUCUUAUGACAGCCUGUUUGUUAUGGCAGUUUUUUGAAUAAAAAUUCUUUUAAACCUGAA